GUUGGCUCCUGAAGCAACAAAGGUUGCUGCAAUUCAGGAUUCGACAGACUUUUACACGCCUCAAGGAGGCCUUGAUGCGUGCACCUGUUAUGAAGUUACCUGACCCUACCCCGCCCUUCGUACUAACUACUGAUGCUAGCCAUUAUGGGUUUGGGGCAGUACUUCAGCAGGACAGUGGGCAUGAUCUGCAGCCUGUUGAGUAUAUAAGUAAGAAGAUCAAAGUGAAGAAACUGCAGGAUUCUACAUACGAGAAAGAACUGUAUGCUCUGGUGUCAGCGCUCAAGCAUUGGAAGCAUUUCCUCAUGGGUAGGCACUUCAAGAUCUACGCAGAUCACCUUAGAGUGGAUGAAGACCCAAGGGGAACUGAACGACAAGCUUGGGAAGAACAUGAUGACGGAGUCUGUGUGGACGAGGUGGUUUGUGGAUUAGGAAGAGGGGUAGCGGAUGGAGACAAAACUAGGGGAGGUAGGAGUGGUGAAGACAGCGGCGGUAUAGUAGUCGGAAGGUGGGUAACAGACGGAGAUAAAACCAGGGGAAGUAAAGGCGGUGAAGAUGGGAAGGAUGAAGUCAGGGGUGGUGAAGUGGCUGAAGCGGACACAGGGGGGGCAGUCGCAGGUGAGACCCGAAGAGGGGACUCUGCAGGUGGUAAUGCAGGCAUGGCCAUAUAUGCCAUGAAGGAGCACACCGAGACCGAGGGCAACACAACAGCUGUGGUGGCCACGGAUGCCAUGGAGGAACACACCGAGACCAAGGGCGACACAGCAGCCGUGGUGGCCACGGAUGCCAUGGAGGAACACACCGAGACCAAGGGCGACACAGCAGCUGCGGGUCGAGUUGCUCUCGCGGAAUCAAUCGUAGAAGCAACCAAGGCCGAUGGGGAAGAGGCUGCGAAACGAAAAGGGGUAGCCAGGGUCACAAACGGCAUGGAAGGGGUCAUUACGACUGAUGAGGACGCAGGUGCAGCAGAUGCAAGUAAUGAAGAAGAGGCUGUGAUAGGUGUGACAAGCGCCGGUAAUGAAGAAGGGGCUGUGACAGGCGUAGUCCGAGGACAGUGUGUGGACACCCGAGAAACUUCGUCGACAAAGUUUGUGUGGGAGACGUACUGGUGGUUUAAGGUGCGUGGUUCUUGCUCUCUCGGUGCUGUAGCUGUGUCUCCAGUGGGUGUCGGUGAAGAUGUAAGUUUGAUCUCUCGGCAGUUCUUCCAUACGUUCAUGCAUACCUGUGGUUUAAGGCCCCCCUUUUGGGGUGUUCAACUGGAAAGGGUGCAGAAUCAUAUUCCCAUAUUUUGCAAUGCUUGCAAGAAUGUGCAAAAUUUGGCGCAGGCGUUUGUGGGAUGUUCUCUGCCAUCUCGAGCUUUGCAUGCCAUGCAUCAAUUGAAUGCAGUCUGGUAUCCAAAGCAAUGCAGGAAUGUUGCCGUCAGCCAUCAGAAGCCAUGUUGUGCUUUGAUGCAGCUUCUGCGCCAGAAUUUCAGUGGAAGUGCACAUUGUAGGCGGCAGCAUGUGAAGCCUGGGCACCUGCCAGAGGGGAUGCCAAGUAAGCAUGGAUGGGAUCAAAGGGCACGAUGCAGCCAAAACCUGCGGGCAAGAUUGUGCCAUUCGAGUCGGGUAAACGUUGGUCAUGUUGAACACGAUCCUCCCCGCUCUGCCUACAUACACAUCCCAUUUUGCAGACGCCGCUGCUAUUAUUGUGAUUUCCCGAUAUCUGUUGUUGGGACGAAGAGCGAUCCAGCGUUGAUCUCAGAAGGGAUGGCGCAGUACGUGGACCUGGUGUGCAAGGAGCUAAAGACGACCGCUCUUAAUUGUCAAGCCAGGGGUGGUAAUGAUCCUGCAAUGCCGCACAAUGAUUCCCCCACAUACCCUCUUGAUACAGUGUCUUUUGGUGGUGGCACACCAUCGUUACUCCCCCCUUCGUUAAUGCAGCGGAUCCUGGAUGGUCUUGCAACUCACUAUGGCAUUGCGGCUGAUGCCGAGAUCUCAAUGGAGAUCGAUCCUGGGACUUUCAACGAACCCAGACUGAGAGGGUAUCAGAAAUGCGGCGUCAAUCGCUUCAGCAUGGGAGUGCAGGCUUUUCAGCCAGAGCUCCUGUCAUCGUGUGGCCGGUCUCAUGAUUUGAAUGAUGUGUACAAUGCCAUCGCUACUUUUCAUAAGGUCGGUGUCGAGAACUGGAGCAUCGAUCUGAUUAGCGGCUUGCCGAAUCAGACACUGGGAAAUUGGCAGCAGUCGUUGACCGAAGUCGUGAAGGCGGCACCUGCCCAUGUGUCCGUCUAUGACUUGCAGGUCGAGGAGCGGACUCCCUUUGCCAGAUGGUAUCGAUCUGGCGAAACUCCGCUUCCAAGUGAUGAAUUAGCGGCCAAGAUGUAUCGUGAAGCAUCAAGGGUUUUACAGGAGGCUGGAUACAGACAUUAUGAGAUUAGCAACUACGCGAAAACGGGGUUUGCGUCGAGGCACAACCUAUGCUACUGGUUGAAUCGGUCGUAUUACGCGUUUGGGAUGGGUGCCACCAGCUACGUUGGAGGCCAGCGGUAUACUCGUCCAAAGAAGAUGCGUGAAUAUGCUUCUUGGGUGGAUGCGUUUGUCGCCAACGGUGGGCGUCUUGAUUGGCCUGUAGAUGGCCGAGAGGAUCGCCUUCUUGAUACACUCAUGCUUAGUCUCCGGCUUGAUUCUGGAGUGGACCUGCAGGCAUUGGAGAGUGAAUUCGGAGGAGACGUGGUAGAUGUACUGGAGGAGGAAUUUGAAAGGUUUUCAUCAAGAGGUCUUGUGGCAGUGCUUGACCGCAAUGACCAUCACAUCGCGCCCAAUAGCAAUAGCAGAUUGCCUGGGACUCUAGGCUCGGAUUCAACAGAGAGUUCCCUUCUUAGCAACGGUGGUAGAGGGUUUAUAAAUAGGAAGCAAGAGGUUGGAUGUGAACCGGUACAUCAAGUAGAUGCGGCAGAGGCUCAUUCAUACAAAGAGGGAGAGGAGAAUGGAUGGUGCAGUGGUGAAGCACCCAUGGAAGUUCCCUCUCCCCAGCGGUCACCGUCUCCUGGCCAACGAAAUGUCAAACAUGGCUCUAUGUGCGAACAGCGAGUCCGGGAAGGAAUGGCAGGUGGCCGUGUCGGCGCGGGGGUUGCGGCAGCUGCUGCUGCGGCUAAGGCAUGGCGGAGAGGAGGACAGGGUGUGGUGAACUGGUUUCCUGGGCACAUGGCAAAGGCUACCCGAGAGAUACGCGACACUCUCCGGCGGGUCGACCUUGUGGUGGAAGUGCGUGAUGCACGAAUCCCGCUCUCCUCGGCGAAUGAGCAGCUGUCGGACAUGAUUUCACACAAGCGAAGGCUGGUCGUGCUGAACAAAAUGGACUUGGGUAAUCAGAAUCUGCAGCAGAGAUGGGCUCAGUACUUCGAGACGCAAGGGCUACGACAUCUCUUUGUGAAUGCGCAUCAUCAGAAAUCGCUGGGCCAAUUACUGAACACUGUGCAGUCCAUCCUGACGGAGGAGAGGGCGAAGGAAGACUCCUUGAUGGUUAUGGUGAUUGGGAUUCCAAACGUCGGGAAGUCGGCAAUUAUCAAUGGGAUAUACCGCCUGUCAACAGGGCAGUCGGCGCAGGGCAAGAGGCAGUCCACACAGGGCAAAGCCCCCCUAAAGACUGCAAAAAUAGGACCCCUACCCGGUGUAACGAGGGAAGUGGCCUGCUUCAAGGUCGGCGAGGCGCCAAGCACGUACAUCAUGGACACACCGGGCGUCAUGGUUCCUAACGUAAAGGAAGCCACGGUUGGUCUGAAGCUUGCGCUGACUGGGGCCGUGAAGGAUUCCGUCGUCGGGGAGGAACGCCUAGCACGAUAUCUCCUUCGCGUGCUUAACCUAUGUGGAGGAGGAGGCAUUCUCAAAGGGAGUCAGCGGAACAGGAUCGCUUCGCCGCAAAAUGACCAUCCGGAUCCUGGCUUUGUCGGUGAAAACCAACCACAGCCAUCGCAGGCACCGAGCGGCAAUUCGUGGUCACCUGGUAGCUCACCUGUCUUCGGUGAAAUGACAGAUGGCGGAUCACCGCAAUCAGAGAUCGGCGUAUCAUUGCAGUCGCAGAACAACAAGUCACAGGCAGGAAGAAGGUCCGUUGGUGUACGAGAUAAAGAACCCCCUGUGCCAGGGAGUGACACAGCGUCGAGGAGCGCUGCAGCCAUUUCAGAAGUCCUGGCAAUGCCAUCUGAAGAGUUGAAUUUGGUAGGAGACACAUUUCCUCAGUCUGAGCCAGUAGUAGAAGAGGAAGAGGAGGCCUUUGAGAGGCGGAUAGAUAUGCAGAUGAAGCUCCUUAGAAGGCGUUUCAAAGUGCCAAUGGAGAAGGGGGACUCCGGAUGGGAAGUUGUUGGAAGGAGAAUUUUGCAGGCUUAUAGAGCAGGUAAUUUGGGCAAGUACACGCUAGAUGUCGUCCCGGACUAGUAUAGCCUGGUGGAGGUUUUCCUCCCUCCCUAUUCAGAGAUCCACUUGCGCCCUGUAUGCUACACACUUGUGAGAAUAUACAUGCCAACACAUCUUGACGGUUGGAUGCUCUAAAGCACGGCGCAGUGGUACCUUGGUGCUUUUGGCUGAACGAUACCUGGCGGUAGUUUUUGAUGAAUGUGGGUAUUGAUGGAGUUUCGAUCCCUCAUCCUUCUAAGGGAUCAUUGCUAGUGCAUUGUAUAUCGGAAAUAUCUCAGUGUCAUAUGCAUGCUGUAGCAUUUGAUGUCGAUACAUCUGGAGCAGCAUUGUAUACCGUAC